CACAUGGCUCGUCGUCGUUUUGGGGCUAUACGUGGGGUCGGGCACUUCUUCUUUCAAGUUUCUUCGAAAUGAAGUAUCCGAAACUUCCAGAUACACGCAAAACCCAGAAAAGAGAAAAAAGAAAUCGUCUUUCCUUUUACUUCUCUUCUUCCGAUUGGGUCUUUGAUCAUUUCCCCAAUCGAUUGAUAAGUUUUGUUGGGUUGCUUUCGAUUCUUCGUUUGAUGAUCUAAGAAAGUCUCUGUCUUUCCACGAUGGGCAGUAGUUGUUUGGCUUGUUUUGAUAAGUCGAAAGCAAAAACAAGUGUAGAUGUGCCUUUGAAUGGCACAAAAGAUGUGUUAGUAGAAGAAGAUUGGAGUGAAUUGAGGAAGCCUAGUGUAGUAGCUUCUGAAGAUUUCUGGACUAAUACCACUUUAGAUAUGGAAAGCAAUGCUCACGGAAGUGUUUCUUCAAUCAGUACAACCAAUCUGACUAUUGAUUCUCAAGGAUGUGGUUCCAGCUCUAAUGAACCUGCUGAAUUUGUUAACCAUGGUCUUGUGCUAUGGAAUCAAACUCGGCAGCAAUGGGUGGGAGAUAAAAGAUCCGAGAGCCGUAAAAGCGUUGGUCGAGAACCGAUUCUAAAUGAGAAUGUGACUUAUGAGAGUCUACUUGGGAGCAACAAGCGAUUUCCGAGGCCUAUACCUCUUGAUGAAAUGGUGCAGUUUCUUGUUGAAGUUUGGGAAGAAGAAGGUCUAUACGGCUAAAAGAUUCUUUUUUACACAUUUACAAUUGUAAAGAGAGCUGAGAAAAAUAUAUACACCCAACAAAAAAUAUUUGUUGAUGGAUCAAAUUUUAUAAAAUUCUCUUGAUUUGGAGUAAUUUCCACA